UUGAGCACACCACUCGACCAAGGGGACUUCAGUGAUCAAGUGCAAAGCAUAAUGAUGGACCUUUUCGAAACAAGUUCCUAUUUCUUUUAUUUAGAAGGAGAUAAUGGACCCUUUCAACAACUGGAAAUGACAGAUGGAUCUCCUUUGUAUCCAGGUAGUGAGGGGACUUUAUCCCCCUGUCAGGAUCAAUUGCCAGGAGAUGCUGGAAGUGACAGCAGUGGAGAGGAACAUGUUUUAGCUCCACCUGGGCUACAGCCCCAUUGCCCUGGACAAUGUUUGAUUUGGGCUUGUAAGACAUGCAAACGGAAAUCAGCACCAACAGAUCGAAGAAAGGCGGCUACUUUGAGGGAAAGGAGAAGGUUAAAGAAAAUUAAUGAAGCUUUUGAGGCUUUAAAACGAAGAACUGUUGCCAACCCAAACCAAAGACUCCCCAAAGUUGAAAUUCUACGCAGCGCUAUAAAUUAUAUAGAGAGGCUACAAGACCUCCUUCAAAGUCUGGAUCAACAAGACAAACCUCAGAAACCUGAUGAGCCUUUCAUAUAUAGUCCUAAGGAGGACGAUGUACACAGAGAAGCUUUCUUAAGUAGCUGUCAUGCGGACUGGAACAAAAUUUCCAAUCAUUCCACGAUGUCGGAACUGAACUCUAAAGGAGAAGGAUCUGUUCACCAGUCUUCGGCUUCCUGCAGCCUCCAGUGCCUAUCCUCGAUAGUAGACAGUAUAUCAUCUGAAGAGCCGAAGGUCACAUGCACUAUUCAGGAACUGGUGGAAAACAGUAAUCCCAUGUAAUAUGUCACGCCUGUCAAGAACCAUUGCUGUGAUUAAAAUGGAUGCCACUAGUAAAGACAUGGACUUAACGUUCCCCUGACUAGUAAAAGGUGUACAUACUAUUUAAUCAGUAGAGGAUUUCCACCAAAAUCAUUCAACUCUAUUUAUUACUGAAACGUCCUUUUGUCGGAUAAAAAUAUUUCCUUCACAUUCAGCAAAAUUCAUUCCUGUCUUUGUCACAUGCAAAGAUGCAAUUUUAUAUUUGUAUUUCCAGGCUGGUAAUUCCCCAUCUUCUUAUACGAGGUUCAUUUCAUUAUGCAAACAGUCAAGUUCUCAUCUAAGCGUGGCUUCACCCAGAACAUGUAAAAGUUGUAAAAUGUUACUUUAUAGAAUAGGAUUCUAUGUUUGCUGUUAAGUAAAGUGAACGAUCUGUAAGUGUUGGCAUAAAUAUAUUUUACAGUAGUAUAAAUAUACUGGAUGAUCUGU